AUGUGGGGCGAUUCUCUGUUAAUUGUGUUUAUUUCAAUAUGCACUGCUUUUCUAGGAGAAGGAUUAACAUGGAUACUAGUUUACAGAACAGAAAAAUAUCAAAAGCUUAAAGUAGAAGUUGAACGGCAAAGUAAAAAACUGGAAAAGCGUAAAGAAGCCCACGGUGACUCCUUAGACAAACAACACAAAAAGAAAAUUGAAAGAGAAGAGGAAAGACUUAAAAAUAAUAAUAGAGAUCUUUCUUUGGUGAAAAUGAAGUCUAUGUUUGCAAUAGGAUUUGCUUUUACUGCACUUUUGAGUAUGUUCAAUAGCAUAUUCGAUGGGAGAGUUGUUGCUAAACUACCAUUUCAUCCCAUUUCUUGGGUUCAAGGAUUAAGUCAUAGAAACCUUCCUGGAGAAGACUACACAGAUUGCUCCUUCAUUUUCUUGUACAUACUUUGUACAAUGAGCAUAAGGCAAAAUAUUCAGAAAUUACUUGGAUUUGCUCCAUCACGAGCUGCAUCUAAACAAGGUGGAGCAUUGUUUGCAGCGCCUUCAACUCAAUUUAAAUAA